UAGGUUGGUGUUAUGUAUUGACUUGGAAGUGUUGUUUCUCGUUUGCAUAUUGCAUUGUUUGGUAUGCUCUACUUUUUGUUGCCCUUCUCCGUGCGGUGUGGAGGUGUGAUUGGUCAGCGGAUGAAUAUCAUUGUGAUGAGGCUUGUUCAGGAAAUAAAAACACGCUAACAAAAGUAACGUGAAUCUGUGCUCUUUACAAAGGUUAUGUAAGAGAAUAAACAUAACAAAAUUGGCGACGAGACUUAAAAAGGACCCUACAAAUGCGGAGGUGGACCGGACACAAGUGAAUAGUGCUUCAUGGACUUGGUUGUGUGGACGUUAGUUUCGUCUGCUCGCCCCGGAUUCUGCUCUGAUCAAGCUAGCCGGAGGUGAGGACGGGUGUCGCUCAGGACCAAGGUAAAAGUGAACGGACGCCAAGAAAAGUGAAAAAAAAAAAAAAAUGUCCGGAAUCUUGGGAAAUAUGGACGUAUUUGACAGUUCGGUAGAAGACUGGACAACUUAUGUGGAAAGAGUUGAGCAGUACUGCCUAGCUAAUGAGAUACAGGACGAAAGAAAAGUAGCUGUCCUACUCAGUGUCAUGGGCGCCAAAAUGUAUAACUUACUCCGCAGCCUGGUCGCCCCAGCUAAACCGGCAGACAAAACAUUUGAUGAAAUAAUGCAGAUAAUGAAAAGUCAUCUAAACCCAGCACCAUUGGUGAUUGCUGAGCGCUUUAGAUUUCACAAGAGGAACCAGUCAAGGACGGUGACGGUGUCAGAGUACAUCGCAGAACUGAGGAAACUGGCCGAACACUGUCAGUUCAGAGACGGACUUUCAGAUGCUCUGAGGGACAGGUUCGUGUGCGGGCUGCACAACGAGAGCAUUCAGAAACGGCUUUUGACGGAGGACAAACUCACCUUGCAACGAGCAGUGGAAAUAGCUGUUUCAGCGGAGACAGCAGCAAGGGAUGCGACGGAGCUUCAAGCAAAUGGUGAGCACUUCACAAAGAUUGACCUCGCACAAGCAUAUCUACAGAUGGAAAUGGAUGAAAGUUCACGCAAGUACCUCACCAUAAAUACUCACAAAGGACUAUACCAAUACAACCGGCUUGUAUUUGGUAUUACAAGUGCCCCUGCGAUAUGGCAACGUGCAAUGGACCAAGUGCUACAAGGAAUCCCAGGUACUCAAUGUUACUUGGAUGAUAUUAUUGUUACUGGUUGGGACAAAGAUUCACACUUGCAAAACUUGAAUGCAGUUCUAACAAAACUGGAAGAAUAUGGUCUAAAAGCAAACAAAAAGAAAUGUGAGUUUUUCAAGGAGUCCAUUGAGUAUUGUGGACACAAAAUAGACAAGCACGGACUUCACAAAACGCAAGACAAAAUUGAAGCUGUAGUAAAAUCUCCACAACCAGAAAAUGUCAGCCAGUUACGCUCAUUUCUUGGCCUUGUUAACUAUUAUCACAAGUUUUUGCCAAACCUUUCCACUGUGCUGCACCCACUGAAUGCACUGCUGCACCAAAAUGCAAAGUGGGCCUGGAAUAAAGACUGUGAACGGGCAUUUACAAAGGCAAAGGAACUCAUUAUUUCAGACAAGGUGCUCACACACUUUGAUCCAAAGCUUCCCCUAUGUCUAGCCUGUGACGCUUCGCCUUAUGGCAUUGGUGCAGUUCUAUCUCACAAAAUGACUGAUGGCUCUGAACGCCCCAUUGCCUUUGCAUCACGCUCUUCAUCACCAGCAGAGCGUAAUUAUGCACAGAUUGACAGAGAAGCUUUAAGCUUUUCUGUGGAUACAGAGACCGAUGCCAUUCAACUGUGCAAGGAGUUGAAAGCUAUGUGUGCAGCAGGAGGUUUCAAUCUCACCAAGUGGUCCAGUAACAGCCGAAACGUCUUGGUCCACAUUCCUGAAUGUGAAAGGGCUAAGGGAGUGAAGGACUUGGACCUAGACCUGGACGACCUGCCACUAGAAAGGACCCUUGGUGUGCACUGGAGUGCAGAAGAUGAUGUCUUCAAAUUCCACGUGGCUCUCAAAGAGCAACCAUGCACCAGGCGAGGCAUCCUGUCCACGGCGGAACUUUGCAUGUGCAGGUGA